UCUCAUGGAAUCCAAAAUGGCGGCGAAACGGGAAAAAGUUUCCCGCAAGUGUGGACGCUUAACAUUCUUUUCCUCGUUGAUGGAGUCAUGAAAAGAAAAUGGUUCUACUUUCAAAGCACCUAAGUCGUUGUACUGGAGGUAUCUUAUCUUUGCGCACAGGAAUCGACGACCAGAAACUCAAUGGAACGUUUGAAAGUGUUGCUGUUCACUUUACGUUCUCUAACGUUCAACUCGGUAACUUCGCGAGCAGCUGCUCUUGACACGAUAUUUGAACCUGUGUUUUGGAUAGUUGAUCACUUUGUUAGGAUCCUUGGACCGGCUUUUGUUCUUCUUGUGAUUGGCCUGACAGCAUCAGUGGUGGUUAUUUAUUAUGCCUUCCUGUUGCCCGUAAUUCUGGAAUACAGCACCCCGUGGGUAGUACUUCAUCUGGUAACAGCUCAUUGGCUUCUUAUCAAUAUUGUCUUCCAUUAUUUCAAAGUUGUCUUCACGUCUCCAGGAAGAGCACCCCAGCAGGAUACAAAUCUAGAUGACUUGAAAAGUGGGAAAUCUCACCUUUGCAAGAAAUGCAUUCAAAUUAAACCUGCAAGAUCUCACCAUUGCUCAAUAUGCAAAAGGUGUGUUUUAAAGAUGGAUCACCAUUGUCCAUGGAUAAAUAACUGUGUUGGUCAUUUCAAUCACAGAUAUUUUAUAUCAUUCUGUAUAUUCAUGUGCCUUGGUACAAUUUAUGUUACCAUUAGUUCCAGAAAUAUUUUCAUCAAACACUUCUUUCAUGACUGGAAUUUCACAUUCCAGCCAAGUGCUAAUAGUACCGAGGGACAAAAUGCCUCUGUUUUAAUCUCCAAAGUUAGAGUGAGUGAAUGGCAAAUGUAAGCUAUGUACAAGUGAACUACACGUACAUGUAUUAAAUAACCUCCCUUAAAAAUAUACCUUUAAAAAUGUGAAUCUUAUUUCUUAAAUGACAGACUGAUCAAACACAAUGAAUCACAAAUUUUCAGCAAGAGACUAAUGACAGAAAAAUCAUUUGUUUACUGACUUGCAUGGUAGAUACAGUGGAACCCCACCUUACAAUCACCUUGAUAAUACGGUCAUCUCAUUAUUACAACCACUUUUUUCGUCCUUUUGGCAAAAUGCCCAUGGAUACAUUUUCUUAUAAGAAAACCCUGUUAAUGC